UAUAUUAUUAUUUUUGACAUAUAGUAUUGAAAUGUUUAUUCUUAAUGUAACAUAUUCGGUUUGAAAGCAAAUAGAAUGUGCCUGUUCGUUUAAAUAACAUUCUAUUUGUAACUACAGCAUAAUUUCGAACCUCAAAACUAUAUACAACAGCCAUGCAAAAUGCAUUGGAAAAAUGAAAUCUUGAUCACUGAACCGGCCCAGUGGUCUAGAGGUUAAGUGUUCACAUGCGAAGCCAAAGGUCAUAGGUUCGAGUCCCACGUGCGGGAUCGUCGAUGCCAACUGUCGAGGAAUCUCAUACUGAGGUGAAACGGUCUUCUAGUGCCUCCAGAUUUUCCAUGAUGGUCCAGUAUUGAUCCAGUGAUGGUGUCAAUCUAAACUCAACAAUCUCUACAAUCACGUAAUGAUAAUAAGGAAAUCUAACAAAGAUACAAAAACAUUCAGACUUUAGUAGCAAUUUCCCCAAAUGUUGGACAAAUUUACCAUAAAAUUUCUUUAUGUAAUUCCAAUUUUUAACGGAAAAAAUUCCACAAUUUUUAUUGAUUUAGUUAGACAGACAGAUGGGACACAAAUGUUUCCAAAUUAAACCUUUAUUACACGAUAAAAUAAUCUUUAUGGAAUCUUUGUUGUAUUAUUGAUUCAUUGUAUACCAAUCAAAAACAUUUCUUAAACUAUCCAAAUAUUGUAAAAGUAAAAAAAAGAGAAUAAAAUAGAAAGAAAUCUAACUGUUCAGUCUCUCCAUACACAAACACACACCAUACCCCCUAUAUAGUCACUAUGCCUUACCUAUGUUCCCUCUUUUCAAUAUAUUGAAAUAGAUAUGCACAAUUGUUAACAAACAUUUUAAAAAUCAUAAUAAGAAUUAUAUAGAAUACAUAAAGUAUAAUCAUUAUAUAAUUUUGUUACCAUAGAGAAAAAUAGAUUUACACAUUAUUAUUAAUUAACUAACUAUAUAAACUACAAGAACAUUGUGAAUAGUGAUUUGAAGUUAAUUAAUCCAUUUCUUUUGUUUUAAUUAUUAUAAACUGUUUGUUACUAUUUGAAUAUAACAAUUAUCCAUUAAAUCUUACAAUUAUAUAUAUUACUCAAUAUAGAUUCUUAUUGAUUCAUUAUGCCUUCUGAAAUUUGUCCAAAAUGUCAAAAAGCUGUUUAUGCUGCAGAAAGAAAAAUAGCCGGUGGUAAAGCAUGGCAUAGUAUGUGUUUAAAAUGUGGUUUGUGCAAUAAAAUGUUAGACAGUACUACAGUGGCUGAACAUGAAGGAGAAGUAUUUUGUAAAACUUGCCAUGGCCGUAAAUUUGGUCCUAAAGGUUAUGGAUUCGGCGGAGGUUCGGGAGCACUGAAUAUGGAUACCGGAACUCAUGUUGGUAAUAAAGAAACAGAAAUGUCAAAUAAACCAACAGCUGGCGCAAUGGGUGGUAAAGUUAUACCUCCGGAAGAAGGUGGUUGCCCACGUUGUGGUAAACGAGUAUAUGAUGCCGAAAAAGCUAUUGGAUGUCCAAGUGGACUCAACUUUCAUAAAGCAUGUUUCCGAUGUAAAGUAUGCGGGAAAUCACUUGAUUCAACCACCUUGUGUACUCAAAAGGAAGAAAAAGAAAUUUAUUGUAAAGCUUGUUAUGGAAAAAAUUUCGGACCAAAAGGUUUUGGUUUUGGACAAGGUGCUGGUGCAUUAAAUAUGGGUUGAUUAUUACAUUAUAAAAUUAUUCACAAUCAAUAUGAUUUCUGACAUUAGUUUCGGCAAAACACAAAAAAAAUGAAACGAGCCAAAUACAAAUCGAUAAUUCAUCUUGCUCGAUAGCCUUUUUUUUCUACUUAAAAUAAAAUAAAUUUUUCGCCUUUUAAUUUAUAAUUUUCAUUUUAGUCAAUAGUUAAACAUGAUUGUAACCAUGAGAAAUCACAAACACACACACACACACACACACUCAAAGUGUUUACUUAUCUCUCUACUAAAACAUUUUUAAAAUAAACAAAUCAACACUGUUUUUUUCGAAAAGAAAAGAAAUAAAUAAACAAUGAUAUUUAUUAUUGAUUGUUUCAAGUUUUGUAGAGUUGCAAUUUUUUAUUCUUAAGAAAUUAGCAAACUCUAUCUCUCGAUAAACAUUUUGAAUCAAUUUUCAUUUAUCAACUGAAUAUUUUCUCAAUCUUCUUCUUCUUUUUCUUCUUCUUCUUCUUCACUGGUUUAAAGUAAACAACAUUUAUUGAAUCCAAUAAAUUAUCAUGUUUAUUCAUCUUGUUAAUGAAUAAAAUAUUUAUUUAAUUAUAUAUUUAUUAAUACAUAUCAAUUCAAUUGUUA